AUGGCAUUACCACGUGUGAUAAUGAUCCUUUGUUUACUUUUUCUGUGCCUUGUAAAUUGGGUUGGAGAAUCAAAAAAUUUGAAAAUCAUGAUAGAUGGGAAUAUAUACACAUUGUUAUAUGAACCAAGAAAAGUGAAGUUUUCAGAUUUGGAUAUACUUAAAAUUAUGUUUCAUUCAAAUCAAAUAAAACAUUGUGGAAAUUCAGUCAUUUGUUAUCUUCUUAAAAUGUCAGCUCUGGAUGCACAACAGCUGAAUUAUGUAGUUCGUCAUAUUGACAUAACAUAUAAUAAACCGCUGAAAUAUGAAAACAUUUAUAAAAUUAUUGGAGGUGUAACUAAUUAUGGAAAUACCUCAAUGCAAAUUACUUUAUAUGGUGUUGGGACGGAUGAAACAACAAAAACAGGGUCAGAAGCAGAAAAUGGAGAUCAUGAAAAUGGUGAUAACAAGAUGGGAAUUAAUUUAUUACAUGACAUGACAAGCAAUGAAAAGAAUAGGAAAAAACAAAAAAAAAUAGAUAAAUUAUUAAAUCAAAUGGGCGACGAAAAUGAAAUAAUCAACAUAAAUGAUAAUUUAUUUCAAGAAACUGAAUUUCAAAAAAAAUGCAUAAAUUAUUUUACUGUUAUUUAUACCUUAGUAAAAAUAGACGAUAAAGGGCAUAAAAGUAUCAUUGAUGAGGCUUUUAAACAGGAGCACAAAACAAUAGAUGUAGAAAAAUUGAAGCACCUGGUUAAUAUCUUUUGUUAG